AUGAAAAGACUUUUUAAGCGUAAUACAAGAAAGUAUGAUGAUCAUCACAACUCCUUUGUUGUGUCUUAUAACGCUAUGAAGCCCCAAUGGCUUCAAGAGCAGCGUAAGGGUUUACACUUAUCUGCUGACGAGCAGAACAUAAUCCUUAACAAUCAGCGCGGAGCUUUAGAACAAUUAAUUCUAGCUAACGGUCUCGACACCGCGCAAUACCUGAGACUCUUUCCUCUUCCUCUCCUCCAAGAAAGCGACCUUAACCUUCAACUCCUUCCACAUGAGAAAGAGUUGGACGAUGCCUUCUGUAGGGAGAUAGGGAAAAUCGUUCCAUACCUUCAGAACUCCACCAUACAAGGUGUUGAGUCUUAUAGACGCGCUUUAGACUCCGCAAUGCUUUCAAUUGCGAAGAACAGCUCUCGGAAAGACAUCCUUGAUAAGCUUGCAGCGCCAUAUUUAGCCACCCUACUCUCCAAGGAGUAUGGGUUAGUUAAGUCUUACUAUGAGACAAGUCUCACUCACACACACCUGAAUCCUCAAUCUUCCCUCCUCGGAAAUCUAGACCUUAUCAUACGUCUUAUGGAAGAUGAUGGCUUGCGGGCCAAUAUAGGAUCAUCCAUUACACCACCUAAGCAGAAUAACCACCCCGUAGGGAGUUAUUCGACUCGCUUUGAGGACUAUGUCCUCCGCAUAGAUGGGAUACGCAUGGAUUCUAUCGAAAUGCACAAUAACCAUGCAUUACGGAACGAACGAAGACGUCAGUUCGUCUCCGGGUUGGAUGAAAAUCUACGUAUCCUUGUUGUACCCCCUGGGUAUGACUGCCUUUGGCAUUCUUUCAAACAGGCGUACUUCAAUGGAUUUACUAGACUACACCCAACCGUGCCCUUAUUUGGUAAGAAACCAAAUUCUAAAACAUUACCUCAAUGCUUUUUGGGGGGAUGUUGGAGGCAACGCCUCCAGGCAUAUGUAUAUAAACCUCAUCCUCACUGA